CCCUGAUAAAGCUUGCAUCUGGACUAGAGAAACCUUUUGCACGAUUCAAUAUUCAUAUCCCUCUCCAUAUGCUAGUAGCUGGCAUUAUUGCUAGAUUCAGAUCGCCGAAUCCACUUUCAAACAAAGAAAGGCGAAGCUGAGAUGAGACCAACUGAUUAACUGAACUGUUUGUAGUCGGAAACUGAAGAUAACUGAAGUUUGCUCUCGCCUCUCGAUCGUCUCCACCCGCCUAGCUUGGCCGCGGCGGAACGCGCUAUAAAAAGCCGCGCCGCGCGAUCGCGAGCUCUGGCUCCUGUGCCGUGCAAGUGCAACCCCCGCGGUCGUCGAUCGGCGUCGCUGCCAAGGCAGCUGAUACCGUACCCCGGUGAUGAUGGCUCGGGGAAGUGGUAGUGCGAUCGGCGGCAGUGUCGUCCUCGCGUUGGCGGCGCUCCUGAUGGUCGGCCUCUUCGUGGCGACGAGCGCCCCGGUCGCCGAGGCGGCGGCGGCGUCGUACAUGGUCGGCGACUACGGUGGGUGGAAGUUCAACGUCGACAGGUGGGCCAAGGGGAGGACCUUCCGCGCCGGCGACGUGCUCGUGUUCAACUACAACCGUGCGGUGCACGACGUGGCGGUCGUGAACGCGGCGGCGUACCGGAGCUGCGCGGUGCCCAAGGGCGCCAAGGUGCUGCGGAGCGGGCGCGACAAGGUGAGGCUCGGCAGAGGCACGCACUACUUCGCCUGCACCGUGCGGGGACACUGUCAGGCCGGAAUGAAGAUCGCCGUCAGGGCCGUGUAGUAGGGGAUGGGGAUCGAUGGGCUGGGCCGUUGGCCAUGUGUCCAACAAUCUUCGAGAGUCCAGAUCGAUCUGCUGCCUGAUGAAAAAUCAACUGCUUGUUAAUUUGUGUUGUCGUGUGUAUGUUCAGGGCCCGCUAGCUUGUGUUAUGUACAACUAAUGUGGCUUUUGUGACCUCGGGUUGGUCGUGAGCUGUGACAGAUCUACCGCUAUUUUCUCCUUAACGCCACAUGUUGUGUCUUCCCCCCAA